CGCCAAAUGGCUGCCACAAUGCCAGAGCCAUCAGAAGCCAUGGCCUUUACUGUUGAGGACGAAUACCUUGCGAAGGAGAUCGAGAUGCUCUCUGACGACUUGAUGGAAGACUUGCGCGAGUAUCUUGAUGGCAUCAACACCACUGACCCUCAGGUCCGACUGAAAGGUACUGAAGAUACACCUGAGCACGAAAUCUCAAUUCCUCUGGGAUCCAGAGACGCUCUCAAGCUUAUCGAAGCUGCCCACCAAGCUCCAUUCGGCAGAGGACAGGAGACAAUUGUCGAUACAUCGAUUCGAAAUACGUGGGAAAUUAGUCCUGACCGCUUUUCCUUAGGCGAGCACUGGCAAGAGUAUGUUGAUUCAAUCAUGAAGAUGGCAUGUGUUGAUCUCGGAGUGCAUGGCGAUGGUAUACGUGCGGAACUGUAUAAAAUGCUCCUGUAUGAGAAGGGAGCAAUGUUCAAACAACAUGCUGACUCCGAGAAAGUCCCUGGUAUGUUUGCAACAUUGGUUAUCAGCUUACCAUCUGCACACUGGGGUGGCGCUGUUGUGGUGUCGCACAACGGACAACGUUACUCGCUCAAAACCCACAACCACGAAUAUCUUGCUUGGUACUCAGACGUACUUCAUGAGGUUCAGGAAGUUUCUUCAGGCUAUCGCUGGGUCUUGACAUACAAUCUUGUCCAAACCGAUUUCGAGCACUUCAAUUCCGCUGCAGGUACUGAUCGAAAACUUCGCGCCAUACUUACUGAGUGGAAAAACUCGAUUAAAGAAGGGGAUGGCGAAGCCGACAAGAUGAUUUAUCAGCUGGACCACAAAUAUACUGACGCCAGUAUUCGUCUGAACACCCUCAAAGGGUCGGAUCUACUCAAAGCACAGCGGCUUUUCUCAGUUUGUGAUCAGAUGGAAUACACUCUCUACCUGGCAAGUCUGGAAAAGCAGGUGCACGGAUCCGCUGAGUACAGUAAUGGUAGCUAUUACUCUCACUAUGACGAAGAAGAAGAUGGAGGUGGUGAUGGUGGAUUUUGUGCCAUUGAGGACGUGUUGGAAGAGUCUCUGAAAUUGACUCGAGUGGUCGACACUGAUGGCAAUGUAAUCGUUACUGACCUCAAUGUCGGGGAGGAAGAUGUUCUCCAGAAAGAAUCUUACGAGGAUCGUCAUCCUGAUGAACACGAGUACGAAGGCUGGACCGGAAAUGCAGGAGCGACCUCGACUCAUUGGUACAAAGAUUCUGUUCUAGUCCUGGUCCCCAACGAAUACAUCGUAGAUGUCUUCCUGGCGCAGGAUCGCGAUUAUGGCUAUGGCACUGGUCGUGACACCAAAGCUAUGGCUGUCCUAGGGCAUCUAGCCAAGCGAGCUCGAAGUUCCCCAGGCCCUCGGGGAGAAUCUCUGAGGAAAAGUGUGAUGCAAAUAGGCCACGUCAUAUCAGACAAUCGAAUCAAAACCACACAUCCGGGGACAAGAAGCCAUAAGUAUACAGAUGCCACUGUGUCUGAAGCCAUUACAGUUUGUGCUGAGUUUGGUAUGACUGAUGCACUACGGAGUCUAUCAUCUGCUUUCAAGGACAACCUUUCAGAGAGAGCUCUCCAGUCCUUGAGGGCCUUGAAAGAUACAAUGGACUUAAGUCUUCCAGAAGAACGUACAAGGCUUGAAAACAUUUUCGGAAAAGUCGUACUAGGCUAUAAAAGUGUUUCUAAGAAGUAUGAAAUUCUUUCAUUCCUCCUCGGCGCUGAAGCUUUGGAUGUGCAAAACCAAGAAGACUGCAUGCCGGAGCUCAGAGCCUGGGUCACAGGAAUCUUGACCGCAAUGUUUUCGAAUCUGGAUUCGCUUACGAGUGAAGAUGGUGAUGUGAUAGCCAGAAUAGCAACUUCGGACACUAGCGGCUCUCUCUUGAGAGAUCGAAUCGUACCUAACAUCGAUCGCCAAAUGCAAGGCUUGGACCCGACUAAGACAAGCUUCUUGAUAGCAUUUCUUGCAAAAAUGUUUGAGCGUUCAGAAUCGCUCACUGAGAACUUGUUAUCGCUCUACAGGCCUCUAGUAAAGAUCGUGACUACUAAUUUCUCACUCCGCAAACCAAAGCCACUUCAGCCUCGACCUGUCUCUACUUAG